AGCACACACCCUUUGUCAUGUGAUGCAGUUUCCCCAGCUAUUUAAAGGCAGCUGGGGAUUGUUUCACUAAGAGCUAUAGUUAAGCUGAACUUGGUCUGUCUUGUGGAGCCUUAGUAAAACUGCAGUAUGGAAAAUGUCAUGACUGUAAAUGGACUGAACAUCCAGCCUGGAGAACGCCUUCAACUGAUGGGAAGGAUCUUACCUGAUGCUGAACAAUUUGUUGUGGAUCUGGGCAAAGACUCUAACAACCUGGUGCUUCACUUCAAUCCGCGCUUUUUCAGCCGUGGAGAUUCAGUGGAAACUAUUAUCUGCAACUCCAAGCAAGACGGGGUAUGGGGGGAAAAGGAAGAAGUACACAUCUCUUUCCCAAUGUUGGAAAAAAUCAAGAUCAUCUUCACAUUCCGUGCUUCUGAGUUGCAGGUGGAAGUGGACGUUUUCAAGAAGGUCCAGUUGGAAGGAGAUUGUCUGAAGAUAUUGGAACCACCAGAAGUUCCCAGAGAACACUUUCCUGACCUACAGGACACGGGGCUCAUUUUCCCCAAUCGAACAGGCCUGAAAGCCAUCCAGUUUGUGUCUGUGCAUGGAGACUUCAAAAUUGAAGGCUUCAAAUUGCUCUGUCCCUCUGAUCUAGCUAUGUAGCAAUAAACUCAAAUGUAUACUUCAAACUA